GUUGUGGGGAGAUCGAAAUGAAACGCUUGCAGUGGACGAAGGUUGUAGUGGAAUUGAGCUCGAAUGGCGCCCUGUCAAACCGUUUGUACAAACAGUGAUAAACUCAAUUGUUCACACUCAGACUCGUGACUGUCCUACAGUUUUAUGACGUCAUUCCAUAAGGUACUUCUUUAUGCUUGAUUAUUGGCAUUAGUAUUUUCUGAGAACACUGUGAACCACAUCGUUGCUUAUCAUUUCAUAGAGCUGAUGAUGAGAUAUGCUAAAACAUUACUUUAUAUUACUAUUAACGCUAUCUUUACGUCAACAUAGGAAGUAAUUAGCAUCUACAAGCCAGAACAAGAAGUUCCCCUACCGGCAAAUCCGAAACUGCCAAAGCUGCAGAAGAACAACUUAGUCUAAACACUUCGGACAAGACCCCAGCGACAAUGCCUCGUCUUGGACAUUAUUCAGAGAAAUAUGAACUAAACGGUCCUCAAACAAGUAAAAGCAAGGAUACGUACGGGUCUUUCAAUGCGAGGGAUGAUGACGAUGAUUCUGAGUUUAUAAUUCAACGGGAUCAACUGAAUGAAGUCGACCGUUCACCUAGCAGCGAACAUGGAAUCAUUAUGGCUCCGACUCUAGCCGACGAUAAGGGAACGUAUUUUCGGGAUGGGAAAAGAAAGAUUGAUUUUGUAUUGGUUUAUGAGGAGCCAAUAGGGGAAGUUUUCAACACUCAAGCUGCACAGAAAGCGAGUAAGAAAGCCUACAAACACGAGGCGUGGAGAAAGAAGUUUAUGUCGAACCUCCGUAAGGCAGGUCUGGACAUGGAAGAGGAAGUUGUAGAAAGCGAAAAGAAAACCAUUCAUUUUGUGAAGCUUUCUGCUCCCUGGACUGUGUUGAUCAACUAUGCGGAAGAACUGUGUAUGAGAGCUCCAUUACAGGCCCACCCUAACCCUAGCGUCAACUGGUCAGAACAACUGUUAAGAACAUUUCGCAUACCAAAUGCCAUGUAUGAAGAUGUACCCAACAAACCCUUGGAUUACUACACUUGCGCCUUCAAGAAGUCCAAAUUAGACAAAUUUCUGGGGGUUGAUAACCAGGACGAGUACUUCACAUCGACACAGAGGGCCCGGAUUGUAUACGAGAUUCUGGAGACUGCAGUAUACGGGAAAAGACGUCGAGCUCAGAUUGGAAUUGACCGUCUCGUGGAAGAGGGCGUAUAUAACGCUGCUUUUCCCCUCCACGACGGUUUGUACCAGAAACCUCCACAUUACGUGGUUCCUGAGAGUCUCAACAACCGCCAGAUCCUCUACGAAUACUGGGCACGAUGGGGAAAAUGGCACAAGUAUCAACCCUUGGAUCACAUUCGCGAAUAUUUCGGCGAAAAGAUUGGCAUCUACUUCGCAUGGUUAGGAUUUUACACUGGGUGGUUACUACCAGCUGCUAUAGUUGGUCUUAUUGUUUUCAUGUAUGGAGUGUUCACCAUUAACUUUGAUCCUGUCUCAAACGAAGUUUGUUCCCCGAAUGUCUCGUACAAGAUGUGUCCUCGCUGUGACGAGAAAUAUGGCUGCGCCUAUUGGUACCUCAGCGACAUCUGUCUGUACAGCAAGCUAACCUACCUCUUUGAUCACCCGGGAACUGUGUUCUAUGCCAUCUUCGUGUCUUUCUGGGCGGUCACAUUCCUGGAGUACUGGAAGAGAAAAAGUGCGAGUUUGGCUCAUCAUUGGGAUUGUAUGGAUUUUGAAGAGGAGGAGGAAAGGCCGAGACCAGAGUUUGCUGCAAAAGCGCCAUCUGUAGAGAGAAACCCUAUCACAGGAGUUAAGGAACCAUUCUUUCCAACCCCCUUACGAUACAAGAGAAUGGCUGCGGGUAUUGGAGCCCUCUUUCUGAUGCUGGCGCUAAUAAUAAUCUUCAUCGUGGCGGUGAUCAUCUACCGAGUAUUAGUAUCUAUUCCACUCUUCCAAAGUAAAACGUUUCGGGGCGUGGCUUCUCCAAUCGCAAGUUCUACAGGCGCAUGCGUCAACUUGAUUUUCAUCAUGGCUCUUGGAAGAGUGUACGAAACAUUAGCUCUCAGGCUAACUCAAUGGGAAAUGCAUCGAACUCAGACUGACUUCGAGAACAACCUAACUUUCAAAGUAUUCAUUUUCCAGUUUGUCAACUUCUACUCCUCCAUAUUUUACAUCGCAUUUUUCAAAGGCAGGUUUGUGGGCUACCCUGGCCAUUACCAGCACUUGUUGGGCCUCAGAAAUGAAGAUUGUAACGGAAGCGGCUGUCUGAGUGAGCUAGCGCAGCAACUUGCAAUCAUCAUGGUUGGAAAACAAAUUAUAAACAACGCACAGGAAAUUCUUGUUCCAAAACUAAAAGCCUGGUGGCACAAAAAGAAAACUAAAAUGGAAGUCCGAACAACUCGAUGGGAGGAAGAUUACCAACUAAUAGAGAACGAAGGCUUGUUUCAGGAAUAUCUGGAGAUGGUUCUUCAGUUCGGGUUCAUCACCAUAUUUGUGGCAGCCUUUCCUCUUGCACCACUUUUUGCUCUGCUUAACAACUGGGUUGAGAUAAGGCUAGAUGCUCAGAAAUUUGUGUGUGAAACUCGGAGAACGGUGGCAGAACGAGCUCAGAACAUAGGAGUGUGGUUUACCAUCCUACAGUUUGUGGCUCACCUGGCUGUUAUCAGCAAUGCCUUCCUCAUCGCCUUUACAUCUGAAUUUCUUCCUAAGUUGGUGUACAUGUAUGAGUUUAACUGGAAUUUGGAGGGUUAUGUCAAUUUCACUCUUGCUCUGGCCCCGAACGGGACGUUAGCUCAGGAGUGUAGGUACCAAGACUUUCGAGAUUCUGAAGGCAACCAUACAAUGUUUUAUUGGCACUUGUUGGCCGUGCGACUGGGGUUUGUCAUAAUAUUUGAGCAUUUAGUACUCACUGUUUGCCGCAUGAUUGACAUCAUGGUUCCUGAUAUACCCAAGACCCUGGAAGUGAAAAUAAAAAGAGAGAGGUACCUUGCCAAGCAAGCUCUGGCUGACUCCGAAACUAUUAUGAAGGUGGCUCAACGGCGAGAUGACGAAGAUGAUGACGAUGAUGCUGGUGCAUUGUCCCCUCCUCCUGAUGAUGAUGAUUAACCAACGAUGAUUGGUCAUCGUGCCCAGCUUUAUAACACAUGCAGCUUCAGUCCUGUUGCGCUCUGGUUUAGUAUCUUAAGCAGAAGUACUUAAAAAGAAGGAAUGUUCGGGCAGUCCAAUUUCCAAACCUGGGCUAUCACUUUAACCCUUAAACGUCAUCUUAACCAAAGAUUUUGAACAACCUCUUCACGAAAGUUACUUUUUUUUUUCCUUUUUUGGAAUAACGUUUCAGAUAAAGAAUGUACGAAACUGGGUGAAAUGGUGUAAUUGUUUUGGAGGGAUUAAUUUUUCAAACCAUAUCAUUGUUUUAUUUCGUGUACUAACACAUGUAUAUAUAUAUAACCAUAGAAACUGUUGAUGGGUUGAAUUGUUUAACGAUGUUCAACUACAAAGAUUUUCGAGUAUAAAGAAUUAUGAGGAUCGUAUAUCAAAAAUGCACAAUGUUUUUCCGCUACUUUAUUGACAAUAAUUGUUUUUUAACUUAUAAAGCUAAACUGCUUAAACUUAGACGUUGUCAUAUUAUUAUUAUUAUUAUAAUGAAUUAAAGUACUUUAAUCGCAUAAGUUGGAUAAGGAAGAUGGAGAAAAGUCAACUCCGUAAAAGAUUCAGUGAAAAGAGAUAAUAUCCAAGUUUUCUUGUUCGUAUAAGUAUUUCUUCCAAAAAAAAAUAUUGUUGCGUACUUAGCAAAGUAAAAAAAAUGUUUGCUUGCUUUCAAAAGUAAAAACAUUGUUGUGUAUUUAUUGGAGUAAAACAUUGUUGCGUAUUUACCAAACUAUAAACAUUGUUAUGUAUUUACCACAGUGAAAACGAUGAUAAAAAUAUAAUCGUUCUUUAUGCAGGACAACUUAAUCUAGAUAAGUGAGGCUCAUAUUAUUAAUUAGAGUCUAUAUUGUGGCUUUUUUAAAAUUAAAAAAAAAAGAUUAGCCCUCAUCUACAUUCGUCUGAAACUAUAUGUAACGUGCCCAGUGUAAAUAAUGAGGAAUUUAUAAAAGAAAACUUUAUCAAUAUAUAGAUUUAUAUAUAUAUAUAUAUAUAAAUGUGUGUGUUGCUUACACUUAAAGCAGUCUCUUUACAAUGUUGAAUCAAAAUACUGUAUUAUGCGAACAAAAAGUAAAUAUAACAUACAUAACGAUCGCCUUUCUCUUUAUAUUUUGAAUGAUAACUACGUAGUUCAGUGAGAUCCCUCUUAAGUUUGCUGCGUCUCGUACAGUUUUUUUUUUUUUUUUACUUUGCUUCAUCAAAAAGAAAUAUAUUUUAAACUUAUAUUCGUGUUUGGGAAGUUUUUCAAAGCUGGUAGCGGUGUUUUUUAAUCCGUCAUAUUUCAGUCAAGUGAUCCGGAUUAAGCUAACAGUAAUUAUAUAAUGCUGACCGAUGUUCUCUAUUGAAAGUGUUUCGUUAAAGUGACGGAAGGUGUUCUUUGCCAUUCGUCAUCGCUAAUUUUAUUCACUUCUUGCCUGUAGCGGGAUUAUUUAUUUUUAUUAACAGCUACAAGAGGGAUGACACCUUUCUCGAUCGAUCAAGGUAAAGAACAAUGCCACUAUUAGUGUUUCUCACUAAAGUAGGAAGAUUUUAACAUGUUAUUAUUUAACGGGGGAUCCAGGGGGUAUUACGCUGCAUAAAAUCUUUUGAUUGCAUUGGUGAGUUAGAAAUUAUAUUUAAAACGAAAAUGUAUUAAUUAUUUUUAUCCAUCAACAAAGCAUGUGAACUUUAAUCUAUUAGAAUUACAGUUCGGCACCUAACUUGGGCCUUAAUUAAAUAAUGUUGGGGGACAAGUCCCCCUACGCCAUCCGCUAGUAUGCAAUCUGUGAUCUGAUUAUCUAGCUGUUUGGGGCCUUCUGCUUUCUAAAGAUAGCUUUGCCCUUUUACAAAUUACAUACUGCACACUGUAUACUGCAUACAAACUGCUCGAAUACAGAUGGACAAACGGAUAUUUACCAAUUAUGAAAAUUGUAAAGAACACAUAUAAACUAAUUAAUUCCCUGUUCAAAUUGAUUUUCUAAACAACGCUCAAUAUUAUGUAAAUUUAAGUAUAUUCUAAUAUGCCAAUAAAACGAUAAAUUUUUCGUAAACAGCAAGCCGUUUAAAGUAGUUGUUAUGCUUUAUUUAUAGUGAUUAUUUUGCGGAAUUUCCACCUUUUACCAGAAACACUGCUUUGUCCAGAAAAAAUAAAAGCAACAAAAUCCGACGACAAAGACUCAGAGUAGCCACGUAUUUCCUAUAUAAUAACUUAAUUCAAUGUUGCCUUUUUUAUCGCAAUAAACAAGACCAAACAAAUAUUACCUCUAAAUAUGUAGUUUACGUUUUAAUUAUUUGAAUAAGUCUAUUCUUACAAACUGUGUCGAUGAUGCUCAAAGUUUUGCCACACUCUCUCUAACCUACAUUAUUAGCGCAGUACAGAAAGUCGUAUUUUCUGAUAAAACUAAGUUAAAGUUAAGUGGUAAGUUUAUAGACUUACAAUGCUAAAAAGUGUGGUUCGAUUCCCACGGUUGACACAGCAGGUAGCCCAAUGUGGCUUUGCUCUAAAACAAAUAAACAAAUGUUUUAUUAAAACUCUUGUUCUGCUUGUUUUAGCGCUCUGCCCACCACAGGGAAUCAAACCUCGGAUUUUAGCAUUAUAAGUCCGGAAACUUCCAGUUAUCACGUUAAGAUUCAGGAGUUUGCUUUUUUCUAUUCAGCAAGCGAUUAGUGACGCUGUAGACUGGAAAUAACUGUUCAAAUGGAACUAACGAAUCUUUCUUCAGAUCUGCUCUGAGGACGACAUUUCGCUUUUAAAUCACUCCCUAUUCGUUUCUUCAAAAUGUCCUACGAAAGUACAUGAUUCCCAGGUGUUGCCUCAAAUCCGUUGCAACACUUCAAUAUGGAGAAAAAACGUUCCAUUUUCAACAUCUCUCCAGAAACUUAUAUUUGAAUUAAACUGAACUUUGAUAUCAGUGGUAGUUGUGGCUAUAAUCUCCUUUCAAUUUAUAAUACUCUCAAUUAACACUAAAUGUACAAUUUAUGGUGUUUUAUUUGUGAGAAAAAUAAUAAUAUUUGCAAAGUAUAACAAAUUUUUCGUUAGCCUUUUUAAAGCCCUGUGCGUUUUAUUAAGUUUGUUGAAAAGCUGGGAUUAUUAUUAUUUUGCAAAAAAACUAGUGUUAGAGGCUUAUUUGAUGUAAGUUAUAAAUAUUACUAAAAGAAGCUUAAAUUUCUUAGAUGUGCUGAUGUUAAGUAUUAGGAUGAGGUAAAUGCUAACCCUACUUCAGUUAAAGCGAUGCAUAACCUUCAGGCCAUACUUCACGUUACGAUCCCGUCAUUGGUAAUUUUAGUGUCAGUUGUGAAUCUGAUGUUUGACUUCUUUUGUCCAAAGCUACGUAGAUUGUAAACAAAUAUGCACGUUUUUUCCUCGUUGGUUGGCUUUUAUCUGUUAAUAAAAAUGAU